AAUGGUUUUGACAGCUUCGGACCGCGCCAUAACAACAACUAGAAAAGCUCCAAUGCUGUGUUGCCCAAAACUGUUGCCGGCACACCGAAAACGAUCGUUAUUCAUUUGUAGCUCCCAAUAUGGAUCCUCCAGUCGAUUUGAAAGUGGUAAAGCAAGACAUCCUAGCUGGGAUAGUUGAGUGUGAAAAGCGCUGCUUGUUGCAGUGUACCAAAUGGCUGGCCGAAUUGAACCACGGCCUUGCGGAUACACCGGUGGAACUGCGCGGCAACAGCGCCUUCGAAAACGUGCACAGUGGCAUCGAGGCGUCCGAGUACGAUAGCUACCUGCUGGCAAAAAGCUAUUUCCUCGUCCGGGAGUACGACCGGUCCGCUUACUUCACGCGGAACUGCCUUUCGCCGGUGCCGAAGUUUCUCCAUCUGUACGCUACGUACAUGUCGAAGGAGAAGAAACGGUUAGACAACAUGACCGACAGCUCGGUCGUUAGUUCGGUGAGCCACGCGAAGGAUUUCGCCGAGCUGUUGAGCAUCCUGCGAAUGGAACACAGUAAAGACUCGCUUGAUGGUUACUGUCUGUAUCUGUACGGCGUGAUACUGAAGAAGCUGGAUCUAAACGAUAUCGCAGUGCGGGUGUUUGUCGAGGCAAUUAAUGCCGAACCGACGCUCUGGAGUGCCUGGCUAGAGCUAGCCCCGCUCGUGAACGAUAAAAGAAUGCUGGAAGGGUUGAAGCUGCCGAACCACUGGAUGAAAAGCAUUUUCGAGGGGUACACGUACAUCGAGCUGUUCCAGAACGACGAGGGAAUUAAAAUAUUUGAGAAUCUACAGAAGAACGGCUUCGGAAAGUGUAUCUUCAUUCCUACGCUGCUCGCGAUCGCUUACUCGAACAAACGAGACGUUGACCGGUCUAUCGACAUCUUCCAGCACCUGCAGAGUGUCGAUCCGUACCGGCUGGACAAUCUCGACUCGUACUCGAAUCUGCUGUUCGUAAAGGAUAUGAAAACAGAAAUGUCCCAUCUGGCCCACAAGGUGGUGGAGAUCAACAAGUACAGCCCCGAGACGUGCUGCGUGGUGGGCAACUAUUACAGCAUACGGUCCGAUCACUACAAAGCUGUGAUGUAUUUCCAACGGGCCCUCAAGCUGAACCCGCGCUACCUGUCCGCCUGGACGCUGAUGGGGCACGAGUUUAUGGAGAUGAAAAAUACGAACGCGGCUAUCCAAAGCUACCGCCAAGCGGUCGAGGUUAACAAACGCGACUUUCGCGCGUGGUACGGGCUGGGCCAGGCGUACGAAAUACUAAAAAUGACCUUCUACAGCCUGUACUACUAUAAAGCGGCCCAGCAGCUCCGCCCGUACGAUAGCCGCAUGCUGGUGGCGCUGGGCGAAACGUACGAAAAGCUGAACAAGGUAGCCGAUGCCCUCAAGUGCUACCAGAAAGCGUACAACGUGGGCGAUAUCGAGGGCGUGGCACUGUACAGUAUGGCCAAGCUGUACGAAAAGCAGGGCGAAACCGAAAAAGCCAUCCCUGCGUUCUUGAAGUUCUGCUCGGACGAGAAGCUCAUCGCCGACAAGGCUUCACUGUGCCACGCGUACAUGACGCUCGGCAAUUAUUACGAAAAAAUCGAAGACCUCGACAAAGCGUCGUACUUUGCGUACAAAUGCUUGGACUACGAGGAGAUGAAGCGGGAAGCCGAAUCGUUGCUGAAAAGCAUUGCCAACAAGCGUGCACACAAGGCAACGACGUCGGCUGCGACGGCAGCAACAAAUCCGUCCGGAGCGGGCAAAUCUACCGAGGAGGAAAAACCAACGCCGGAAGGCGUUCCGGCGGAAACGUAUGGCGAGGAUAUGGAGAUGGACGAAACGAAUCUUUCCAAGCGCAUCGAGGUGGCAAUGGCGGAGGAGGAGGAGGAGCAGGAAGAAGAGGCAGGAACCAGCGAGCUGGCGGAAAGUUCCGACAUGCCCGAGUUCCAUAUGGAAGAUUCGUACGAUGUGAAUGAAUGAAGGAAUAAAAUAUCUCUCUUUUGGGUAA